UCACGGAUCUAAGUAAAUAUUGAAUAAAAAUCAAGAAAUAAAAAAUAAAAUUUAUUUCAACAUAUUAAUCCUGCAAGAAGGUGCAUACAUGGAUUUGCCUACCCUAAUUGUAUUUGAUUUUGAUCAUACGAUUGUUGACGACAAUACCGACUUAAUCGUUCGUAAUUUAUUACCAGAUGAUCAGUUAACCGACGAGGUACAAAACUUAUAUCUUAAAAAUGGAUGGACAUUAUACAUGAACAAAAUCUUUGAAUUGCUUCAUAAAAAUUCAAUUGGAUUAAAAGAAAUAGAAGCAGCUAUAAUCGAUAUACCAUCUACUCCUGGAUUUGAUGUUCUUAUAAAGGAAUUACAUAUCCUCGGAUAUGAAAUCAUUAUUAUCAGUGAUUCGAAUUCAUUAUUAAUAGAUAUAUGGUUAAAAAGUAGACAAUUAGACAAAUCGAUUAGUAAAGUAUUUACCAAUCCUGCACACGUUUCUGACGAUGGUAUGAUCAAGAUAAACAUGUAUCACGUUCAAGAUUUUUGUAAACUAAGUAUGAUCAAUUUAUGUAAAGGUCAUAUACUAGAAAAUUACAUCAAGGAAAGAUUAGAGGAAGGAAUUCAUUUUAAGAGAAUCGCAUACGUUGGAGAUGGAAAAAACGAUCUCUGUCCAGUAUUACGUUUGUCUGAAAAUGAUUUAGCAUUCCCUAGAAUAGAUUAUCCGCUUUUGAAAAAAUUGAAAGAAUAUCAAACAAACGACAUUACACAUACCGUAAAAGCAACAAUCAUUCCUUGGUCUAAUGGGCAUGAAAUCUUACAUUAUUUAAACAAUUAAUGCAAAUAUUCAAAUAUAUUAUAAUUAUAUCUUAAAUCUUA